CACACACAGCGUCCUGCCCUUCCCCGGCUCCGGCUGUGGAGUCAUGAUCCGCUGCUGCUGCUGUCGCUGUCUUCCCGGGAACCCGUCUUCCGUCCCGAGCCCAGCAGACACAGCCAGCCUGCGGGCAGCGCGCCUCUGAGCCCGGCGAGCCCCACGGAGGAGACGCCGCAGGAGGCGGCGGAGGGAUACAGAGAUCCAGGGCGAAGCGGCGGUGGAGGAGGAGGCGGAGGGCGCUCUGGCUGAUGUCGGCUGGCCGUCACUCCUGAAACCGGCCUCGGUCGCUCUCCCAGACACCGCGGCGGAAUGGGAUCAGUGUGUGCACAGUGAGGAGCUCUGAUGUGGGAAUGCCCCAGUGUCUGAGGUUGGCAUCACAGUGAGUGCAGGACUCACUGACAGACAGACAGACACAACUGCUGUACCUACACCCCCUCAGAUUCCCCUACGUCCUCAGCCAAUCAAAUGCACACUGAAAAUAAACUCACCAGUCAUGGAAAGCAAUCACAGAUCCCCAGCGUAAACCACCAGCAGCAGCAAGGAACUGCCGGCAACCUGGGGUCAAAGGGCAGCGGCAACCAUGCAGUCAAAGCCAAUCAGAUCUCUCCGGGAAACCCGGGCAUGAAGAGCGUGGGCCAAUCAGGGGGCAGCGCUGGCGUGGGCGGCAUGAUGAAGACCAAGGCCAAGCGAGAGAGGAGCAUCUCUAUGGAUGCAGCGGACCAGCGAGACUCACUCACACCAGUACUGGAACCGGACAAUAAAGAGGGCGUGAUGCGCAGUAAGCGGCGCUGUGUUCUAGAGAAGAAGCAGCCCUACAGUGGGGAUGAGUGGUGCUCAGGGGCAGAGAGUGAGGAAGAGGAGGAGAAACCCCCCACCGCUACACACAGAGAGCGAGUGAUGUCCUGUCCGGGUCAGUCUCUCUCUGGUCCGUCUGCGGUGGGCUCGGUCGGAGAGCAGGGCGGGGCUGGGGGUAUGGGGUGUGGUCUCGGUCCAGGGCUGCGUCCCGAUCUGACCUCUCACCCCCCUCAGCAAGUAGUGUACGUCUUCACCACCAGUCUGGCCAACAGUGCUGCAGAGGCAGUGAUGCACGGUCAUACAGACUCCAUCCUCCUGUUUCACCAGCAAAAUGUUCCUCGCACCAAACUGGACCAGUGCACUGCUGUUGGGAAGCUUCCCAGCCUAUCAGAGCAGCUCAGCUCUAGUAGCACCCCUCCCAUGGGCACGCCCAAAUCCCAAAGCGGUACACCUCGGCCGGCCUCUGGCGGUGGAGUUGUUGGGGGGCACCUGGCGAGCGGAGGUACGCCCUCGUCCACGGUUCAUCCGGAAAGCGAAAGUUCCCAGACGCAUCCUGUCGGGACUCCCAGUCACAAUAACGGUGCAGCAUCCCAUCCGUCUGGACCGGGAAGCUCGGGCCCGCCUCCUUCAGGGGCUCCAGGCUGUGGAAUGGUAGAUGGAUCGGGCCCCAUCAAUCACCCAGGCGCAGGGGUCUCGCCAACGGUCAGUCCAAACAUGCUGUCUGCCCACCUUCAGGGUGAGCACGAUCAGCCUGGAGGCCCAAUGAACACUGACGGACUAUCUAAAGAGCAACUGGAGCACCGCGAACGUUCCCUGCAGACGCUGCGGGACAUAGAGCGGCUGCUCCUGCGCAGUGGUGCAGGCGGUGCUGGUGGCCAUGGAGACCCUGGAGGUCCCAACAGUAACCCGAACAACAGCUCCAACGUUAACAAUAACAAUAAUACUGAUGGAGGUAGAAUUCUGGAGGAUGGCGAGAACCCUGGGGGAGGUGCUGGCAACAACAGUGGCCUGCCCCCUGGUAUGCCCCCUGGCAUGCCCCCUGGUAUGCCCCCUGGUAUGGGUGGAAUGAAGAAGUACGAGGAACCUCUGCAGUCUAUUAUCUCGCAAACGCAGAACCUUGGCGGGCCUGGAAUUGACGACACCAUGAUGGGUCCACACCACGGCAUGCCCCCUCAUCACCACCUGUCUUCGCCCUCAGGACUGGACAUGGGUCCAAUGCUGGGUCCUGACGGGCUAACUCCAGAGCAGAUGGCCUGGAGGAAGCUGCAGGAGGAGUACUAUCAAGAAAAGCGUCGUCAGCAGGAGAUACCGCCUCAACACUUCCGCAUGAUGUCUGAAAUGGGCAUGCCUGGGGCGCCGCACCUCAUGAUGAGGGGUCCUCCACCUCCAUACCACAGCAAACCUGGAGACCAGCAGUGGGGACCAGGGCCUAUGAUGGGCGCAGGGAUGGGAGGGAAUCUGAGGAUGAUGGACAUGCAUCAAGAGGGGCCUCGGGGUCCCAGGUUUCUUGGGCAGAUGCAGCGAGGCCCCCCGGGUGGUGGUGGGUACCCCGGAAGCCCUGGUGGAGUUUUACCCAUGGAAGGGUUAGGACCUCAAAGACCUCCCAGACCAGGAAUGGGCUGGCUGGAUGACAUACCCCCAAAUAUGGGUGGAGGUGGUCCAUUUCAUGGGUGCUACCCCCCUGGAGGGCCUGGCGGACCACCUCAGCACAUGCAGGGUGAUCUGGAUCGACCCUUGACGCGAGAGGAGAUGUUUCGGAUCAUGGAGAAACGACAGCUGCAAGGGCUCCGGAGGCUAGAACUGGAACAGUUGUCCAGGCAGCAGCAGCAGGGUGGACUCGGAGGGCCAGGCUUUCCUAAUCCUGGCAUAGGAGGAGGCCCACCAUCUCGAGGUGACCCAAUGGACUUUCCCAGUUCCCGAGCCAUGAUGAGUCCUCCCAUUGGUGGUGCAGGUGGGGGCGGUGGCCCUUUAAUGAGAGAUAUUGUUGACUCUCCUUUAGGGGGAAACCUAAAUAUAAACAUGGGCAUGAACAUGAACCUGCAGCAGCAGCAAAUGUUGGUCCAGAAACUGCGAGGAGGACCCGGGGCAGAGAUGCUGACCCCCGAGGACAUCUCCCGCAUCAGGGCUGCACAGAACGGCCGGGUCGUAGCUAACAAAGGAAUGAUUCCUGGCCCAGAUGGACCUCUACAGUUCCCAAAUCAUGGCCCCUUUCCAGGUGGGCAAGGGGACGGACCUUACCUACAGCAGUCAGGCCCAGAGAUGUUUGGACCUGACCAGCAAGGUCCUCAAGGACCCCAAAUUAGCGGCACUUCCAGGCUUAGCCAUAUGCCCAUGAAUACGGGGCCGAGGGGUGCCGACAUGGGUUCACGGCAUCCAUCAGAUCUUUCCAUUAACAUCAACCCGAUCGGCUCCCCCGCCAUGCCCCCGCCACACCAGCUUAAGUCGCCCUCCCUCAGCCAGGAACCGUCACCACUCAUGCCCUCCCCUUCUGCCCCAGGCCUGAAGUCCCCCAGCCAGCUACCCCCCACCGGUCCACCGCACCCUCCUUUACCAGCAGCUUCCGGGGCAGGAACACCAUCUACCACGUCGAUGAAGUCCCCGCAGGUCAUGGGUUCGUCUCUGGGACUCCGCUCGCCGUCCGGCUCCCCUGGGCACCUCAAAUCUCCAGCCAUGCCUGUUGCCUCUCCAGGUUGGACUGCCUCUCCCAAGACAGCCCUGCCCAGCCCUGGGGGUCCACCCAGCAGUAAAGGGGUGGGGAAUGGAGGCAGCAGUUCCACUGAGACAGGAAUGUCCCUGCCUCCCAGGAGCUCCACCUCCACUCCCAGCAGUCAGCCUCCCGGCAUGCCUUUCACCUCGUCCCCCGACGCUCCACCCUCUCAGAACCCUCUGUCCCUCAUAAUGUCCCAGAUGUCCAAGUACGCGAUGCCCACGUCCACCCCCCUCUACCACGAUGCCAUCAAGACAAUCGCCACAUCUGAUGACGAGAUGACACCCGAUCGGCCCCUCCUUCCUGGAGGCAACAUGCCAGGAAAUAUGCCAAAUCACCAGUCCUCCCAGAUGCUCCUGUCCCAGGGCUCCAUGGGGCCUCAUAGCAGCCCUCAGAGCCCGAUGGGAAUGGUCCUCCAGGGAGGUCAGCAGUUAUCCCACGAUCCCUCUGGGCCAAUGCUGUCUUCCCCUAACCCCAUGAGCAUGUCGGCAAUGAUGGGCGGCGGAGGAGGCCCUCCGGACGGGAUCGGACCCUGCAAUGUGUCACCCAUGCACCCAUCCAGCCAAAUGGGCGGGUUCUCCCGCAUGCAGGGACCUUUACACUCGCCCAUCGGACCCAUGGGGCAGCAGUACCCGCCACCUCCCGACGAUGUCCUCCCUCCGCAGCAGAUGCACCUACUCAGCAAGGGCAUGCCGCAUCAGCGCCCCCCUCACCCGUCGGACUCUUUCCCCUCCAUGCCCAUGGGGGAGGGGCCGGACCUGAGCGAGGUCAUCAGGCCCACGCAUUCGGGCAUACCCGAGUUCGACCUGUCUCGAAUCAUUCCCGCCGACAAGCCCAGCAGCACCCUGCAGUACUUCCCCAAGAGCGAGGGCAUGUCCCAGCCCCCGCCGAACCCCCACCAGGGCCAGCCGCCCCAGCAGGUUCCCUCGGCCCAGCUCCUGAAGCAGCUGUCGGCGUCUGGCCCCCCUCACAGCUCCGCCCCCUCCUCCAACCCGCACAUCGCAAACUUGCAAAACAUGAUGGCGGAGCAGCAGCUGCCACUGCACCCGUCGCACUGCGGCCUGCGCCCCGGCAUGGUCAUGAACCAGGGGGGGUCUAGAGGUAUGGGCUCGGGUGGUGGCAUGGGCCCUGGGCCCAUUUGUCACCCAGGGCACCUGAUGGGCAGGACAGGUAUGCCCCCGCAGCAGCAGCAGCACCACCAUCAGCAGCAGCAACAGCAGGCCAUGAUGGCGAACAGCCUCCUGCAGCACCAGUCGCAGCACCCGCCGCAGGGCAUGAUGUCGCCGCAGCAGCACCCACACAACCUCAUGGCCCAGCAGAACCUCAUGAUGAUGCAGGCCAAGCAGAGGGGCAUGGCCAUUCCCGGGGAGCACUUUGGCCAGCAGGGGCCGCUGCUGUCCCCUCAGGGGCCCAUGAUGGGGCCUCCGCACCCACAGUCCGUCAUGAUGGGCCCCCAGGGUAUCAGGCAGAGGGGCAUGUCGUUGGACAGUCCGCUGGGCUAUGGACCGGGAGGCAUGCCCUUCUGAACACACCUCUCCUGUUUAAACCUGUAAAAACCUGUUGGUUUAUUUUUUUUGUUCUUUUUUUUUUUUUUCGUAUGGGUUACUUCCAACUCUUGACAUGUUUUUAUUGACGUUUAUUAUUGAUUGUGGCAAUCAGAUGCUAAUAUAAUUGUUAUUAGUAAUAAUAAUCUCUUAAUUCUGAGAUAUAAGAGAAGAGACAGGCUAAAUCAGUUCAGUUCAGCAGUUCAGCAGCAAUUUCUGAAGCCAUUUUUUAAAAUGUCUGUAAAAUAUGUAUAUUUCACAGAUCAAUGUGUUUGUUUUAAGGGGAGGUGACGGGACGGGCUGGGGGUUCGGGCGGGGUGGGGGGUUGGGUGAGAACUCUCAGUUUCUAAUUCCAUUUUUCUCUGGCUACCAAACUGUUGUGCAAGGGAAUAUAUAAAUAUAUAUAUAAAUAUAAAAUCUCUCUAUAUAUAGUUGCUGUAAAUAAGAUGCAAUUUGUGCUCGUUUGCAACUGUUCUGUAUAACUGUGUUUAAUAGAAGUCUAAAAGCAAAUAAUAAGAAAAAAAAUCUGUUCAAAUGUUCUUUGUGGUUGUUUUGUUUGAGAAAUUGGAUGAUUUUGAAUUGUGAGUGCUUAGGCCUGUCACAAUGAUUAUAUAAUCGUUAUCUUAAUUAUACUUAUUGUACACUAUAUGUAUAUACACUAUUUUAUUUUGAUGGCCUUAAGGGAGAAAUUUAGUGUGAAAUGGACUUGGGUUGUAGCGAAACAUGAUAAAUAGCCCACCCCAUUUAACCCCAGCAAUCUAAAAUACAGUAGCCAAUGCUUACAACAGGCUUACAAUGCCAGUGAUAGCUCCACACUUCAUUGGUAGAAUUCCAAGAGCAAAGUGCAAAGGUAGUUUAUUUAAAAAGACUUUAUACAGUAUACACACACAGUACCUUUAAUUAGUUCUCUGGGCGUGAUAACUUGACUGACAAGCACCAAUGAAUAGAUAGGAUAGGAGAAUAUUUUGAGCUUAUCGAUGAUGUAAAAAGAAUCAUUUAUUUGCAUGGGCAAUUGUAUGCCCUUGUCGGCUAAAUGCGCUGUGUUUCGUAAUAGUGGAGGUGAACGGAGGCGUUAUGUCGUUAUCAUGUCCAUUUUACAUCGGAUUUCUCCUUUAAUAUAUUUCCCAUUGUUAAUAAACAUUUUAUUUAUUUAUUUAUUUAUUUAUUACUGGUCAAAAAAAAUCAGUUAUUGUGACAGGCCUACGAAUGAUGGAAGGAAGAGAAGAAGACAAACAGCAGAGUAGACAAGUAAAAUUUAUUUUUGAACAUCAUGAUUUGCAUAUCGUAUAAAAAAAAAACUACUGCCUUUAUGCUCGGGCACUCAUCCAAAAUGCGGAGCGAAACACAGUAAAGCACAUCUCACAAUUAUCUACAGAAAUAUUUCAGAGAUAAAAGGGUAUAUUUGUCUUUGUACAUGCUCUGAACCUCAAUCAGUCACUUAACAUUCUACACAGACAUUUGUUCUAUAUGGACAAAAAUAUUGGGACACCUUUUACACACUAAUUAAUUGCCAUAGGUAUAUAAAAUCUAUGUUUUAGCAUGACGUUGUAGAGGUUCCUAAUGUUGUCCUGUGAUAAUCCAUCUCAUGCAGCAUGAAUAUUCUCACACAGUUCCUGCAGACUUUACUGUAGGGAUGUUAAGAAUGCUGAUAGAUCAUCCGAUAGCAUCCCACACAUUUUCAAUCAGGGACAGGUCUGGUGAUGCAGCUGGCUGUGGUAUGGUAUCACCUUUUCUAAAUGCGCACAAGACGAUGCUUAUCCACAUAGAGCUUACCAUGAAGACAGACACUAUGGCAUCACCACUCACAUCACCAGACCCAAUCCUGUUUAGGAUGCUGUUGAACGUGUUAUCAUCACUCCUACACGCCUACCACAAAAUCUAAAGGAACUGUGUGAGAAUGUUUGAGCUGCAUGGGCGUUAGGAACCUCUACAACUCUACAACAUGCUGAGACAUCGAGCAUGAAUAAAUACUGUCUAAAUAUCAGUCUAAA